AUGCCAAAGCCUGUCCUUGAAUCGACCGCAUCGGAAGCCGAUAAAGUUAUCGUAGGGCUGAGUCUUCAAGAAGAAGUUCCGCAAACGCCUGUCACACCAGUGUCAGCAGAAGGUCUUAUGUCCCUACAGAAUCUGAUCAUCAAGCAGGACGCUCAUGCUCUUGACGAGAAGAGCAAACAAAGCUUACAGAGACAUCUUCAUAAAUUUUCAAACGCCGCCAACUAUCCUUCGCCAAAGAAGCCCUUCAACAGAACCACAUUCGAUUUUUGUUGAAGGUAAACAACGAAGCCAAAGUUCGACGCUCGACGAAGUCACUGGUACUGGGGACGGCCAAGGUCAUGGGCUACGAGGAGCUUCAGGAGGCGCGAGCGAAGCGUGCCGAGGUGGACGCUGCCAAGGCGACUAAGGUCAAGGGGAAACGAGGCCGAAAGCGAACCAAAGCAACGUUAGAGGUAGACGCAAUACAGUAGAGCCAAAGCACAAAGUGGCGCGGAUAGGCGAAGUGCUGGAGCCAAUACAGGCCGCGAUAUCGUCAUGGGGUGCCCCUGUA